UCAACUACUGUGAGCAUGUCUGGAAGAGGAAAGACCGGCGGGAAAGCGAGAGCUAAGGCAAAGACUCGCUCCUCCAGGGCAGGACUGCAGUUUCCAGUCGGCCGUGUCCACAGACUGUUGCGGAAGGGAAACUAUGCCCAGCGUGUCGGCGCUGGAGCCCCGGUCUAUCUGGCCGCUGUGCUCGAGUACCUGACUGCUGAAAUCCUGGAGCUGGCCGGGAACGCCGCCCGGGACAACAAGAAAACCCGAAUCAUCCCGCGUCACCUGCAGCUCGCUGUGCGCAACGACGAGGAGCUCAACAAGCUGAUGGGAGGCGUGACCAUCGCUCAGGGCGGAGUGCUGCCCAACAUCCAGGCCGUGCUGCUGCCCAAGAAAACCGAGAAGCCAGCCAAGAAGUAAAUCACUCGGACGCCGCUUUUAGAUCUUAUAAACCCCCAAAGGCUCUUUUAAGAGCCACCCACUUUUUCUAUAAAAGCGCAUCGAAUCUGUUUUCGUUUAUUGUCUGAAUAAUAUCAAAUUGAGAAUUGCAGCAAUGAUUAGUUUGGUGCAGCGUUACCGUGUAUCUGUUUGUAGCGAUAUCAAACACAGGCCUUGCCCCAGCGGGUGCUGCUCACAUUCCCCACGUUCCUUAGAAAGAAACACUGCGA